AUGGAGAUGCAAGGCCAAGGUUUGCUGCCUGGCUUUAUCGUCCACCAUGAAGACGUGCCACUGACAGCUCGUGGCGGGCAUGCUGUGCCUGGAUACUCUGGGCACGUCCCGGGCAAGGGCCCUGAAGAAGCCAACAUGGGCAAACGUUUCGCUGCCGCCAACGAGCAUGGUUUCCGCAGCCUCCGAGGCGAAGCGACGCAAGCGCAGGCCUCAAAUCAGCGAAAGUGUCGCAAUCCCCAUGGCAACAUCCCAGGUUACAGCGGUCACAUCCCUGGCAAACUCGAGGAGAGCUGCGGUGCGACAUGGCGCAAUGUCAAUUUGCGGCUUCACUCCGGAAGCCCGAUGCCAACGCCGCGCAUGGAGGUCCGCCCGGGCGAGUGGGCCAACCUCGACAGGCAGCCAUUGGCAUCCGAAGCGCAGGGACGGGCGACCUUACGACCUGGCACAGGCCAUGCAGCCUCAGCCGUUCCGGGUUAUGCCGGGCAUGUCCCCGGCAAGCUUUCCGAGAACAUCGUUGGUGCCAGAUGCGCAGCGGCGAACGCCAUGGCCGCAACAGCUGAGCUCGGCACCACCGCAUGGCGGCGCACUGAAGCCCCUGGAGUCGUGGCAAGCCGCGACGGCGCAGGGGCUGCGGCAGGGAAGGCCGUGCCUGGUUAUACCGGGUACGUGCACGGCAAGCUCCCAGAGCCCGAUGUCAUGGGGAUGCCGUUCAGGGCGGCGAACGAGCACGCCGACAAGGUACGAGUCAACGCUCGGGUUCAAGCCAAAGAGGCUGAUGCUGCCAAAGUCGCAGCUGCACAGAGGCCCUCGCAGAACUGGAAGGGUGAGGGUGCCGAUCUCCAAGAGGGUACGGUCGGCUCCAAGUUCAAGGGCAAGCGCUUGCUGCCCAGCUUUCAUGCCUUCUUGGUAGUAGUAGAGCUGUUAGAUGAUGUUCCGAUUCCUGCCUUAGUCGACUGGGCAGACAGAUACAGCGAGCACACGCCGUUCUUGUGCACAUAG